AUGUCGUCUGCCCUAACCACAAUCCUUAUCUUGGCCUUUGUGGCUUUGGCGGCUGCCAAAUUGCUCUACUGUCCCUUCAAGCACUACGAGAACAAGUUGAGGAAUUGCGAGAGAAGCUCGCACUUCAUGAAAUAUCUUGAGGAACAUCCGGCGCACAAGAAUCUCCGGCCAGAUAUGAGACCGGAAAAUGCGAGCUACUAUGAUUACGAAUCGGUAGGUAUAGCACGCGGACGAAAAAUCAAUUUUCGUCCGCGUAUCCGGAAAAACACACGAAAAAUUAACCCAAAUCAAUUUUCAGUUGAAAUAUUGUUGCUACGAAAUCGAAUGCUUGCUCAAAUGCGGCCAUUCAGAUAGCUCACUCUACAACAAUGAUAUUGCACAGCAUGUUAGAGAAGAUAUUGGAAAAUACUUCCGGAUCUACCCAGAAUUCUUCGUGAAUGUUGACGAGAAAGAGUUCUACAACCUUCAAUUCGCCCACAACGAUUCAAAACUCAUGGAGUUCUGGAAAAUCCGCGCAGCUCAUCUCUACAACAGAAGACCUUAUCUUGACCGUCAUCGCGAACGCUUGAAUAAACAAUAAUUCUUGAUUAAUCAACUUGUUACCUUGUUUUUUGCUUUAGAACCUCGAAGUUUUAGCCGAAGCCUCGUUUUUGAUCUUGAACUCAUUGAAUCAAUAAAUAUUUGUUUUAAAACUGUGUUUUGUUCAAAAAAACUCUAUUUUCAUCUGAAAAUGCGGAUUUUCAUGAAUUUUAGGACAAACGUUUGAAUUUUUGGCCUAAAAUUCACUAAUAUUUCGUCUAAAAACCCGGAAAAGCUUCGUGAACAGCUUCUAGUUUCCACGUGGCAAAAAACCAAGCUAAAAUUCUAGCUAGAACAUGGAUUUUCAGACGAAAACCCGGAAAAAAAGAAAAAACCGCCCGGAAAAUGGAUUGGUGUACUGUAGCUGGCGGGAAAAGUCUGCAAACACCGACAGUGUUGCGGACCGUGGCAUUUUAUUUGACGCGCACGUAUUUUCUUUUUUUAGGGGUAAAUUCGGGUUUUUAGGAUUUUUGAAUCUUCAAAUUUGAUGCUGAAGUUUGGGGCUGAUCAGAAGUUAUGUCUGAUCACUUUCCAGCUGAAAACCUUAAACUUCAGAGCUCAAAAAUCUGGCCAAAUCAAACAUUGUAUACAUUUUCUCAGUAUUUUCCUAAAACCCCUAAUUUUCAUGAACUUAGAAACAACUUUGAUUAUAAGUUAGCAUAAGUUUAUCUCAAAUUAGUCACAAAUAACAGAAAUCUCUAGAUAGUGUACGAAAUUGAGAGACGCAGAGAGGAAAAAAACAACUCAAAGAGUUCAAAAAUACAAUUUCCAUCUCUGUGUCUCUCAAUUUCGUACACUAUCUAGGGAUUUCUGUUAUUUGUGAUUAAUUUGAGAUAAACUUAUGCUAACUUAUAAUCAAAGUUGUUUACAAGUGCAUGAAAUUUUUUCAACUUGAGACGAACUUUUUGGGAAACGUGGCAGAUGUUUUGUGUUUUUUUUUUCGAAAUCGAAUAAUUUGUAGCUGAAACAGAUUUUUGCAACUGAAAAUUGAGUGUUUUUUGCUCGAAAAUCUCUAUUUUUCAACUAGAAAACGCACAAUUAUUCAUAAUUGAAUGGGAUUUGCGAAUUUUCACGUAGCCAAGUUUUUCUAUAAAAAAUCGGGUGCAAAAUGAGCCCAAACAAGCCUAGUCACAGUCUCUAUUAGACCUUGAAAGCUUUCAAGGCCCUAUUAGGCUUUUUCAGGCUCGUUAGGCCCUUUUUGACCCAAAAAUCAAUAAAAUUUUCGUUUUGAUCUACCCCUCGAAAACGCAAAAUCCAAUAUUUUUUCUAGAAUUUUCGGGCGGCCCCGAAAAAAAUCAGUUUUCCCCGAAAUCGUCCAGUUUUCUUCAACAACUAACCCCAAUUCGACAUCUAAAUUGUCGAAAUUCUGCCGAAAACUUUAUAAAAGGUUGGUUUUUGUCAUGUUCUUCUCAAAAUUCUAAGCAAAAUUUCAUCGAUUUUCAGUGCAAAUUAACGUCAACUUUAUGGACCCCACCGACAUUCAAUUAAUCAAAAAAUUUCCCGAUUUUUUGUGAUUCCUAGGAAGAGUUGGCCGAAGUGGAAGAAUUUUUGGAUGUCGUAGAUCGAAGUCGAAAUUCUACACCAAUUAUUUAAGUACAACAAACUUCAAUUCGACAUCUAAAUUGUUGAAAUUUUUCACCGAAGACAAUUUUGAGCACGAACAGGUGAGUUAUAAAUGUAUUUGAUUGAUGAGAAAAUUCGAAAAUUCAUUUUUCAGCUAAAAUACUGCUGCUUCGAGCAAAUAUGUUUGGUUCAAUGCGGUCACCACUUAUCAGAACUCAACAAAGAUGAUUAG